AUGGCAGACCGUUUCUUCCCCAACGACAUGCCAGAUUUUGUUCAAGAAACUCCGGUGAAAGAAUCAGCAGUUGGGUCUUCUGAAGUACCCAAAGACUCACUUACUAGGCUUCUUCACCUUCCUUACAAAACCCUGUCUGAAGGGCUCAAGAAAGAAGCUUUGGACCUCAAAGAAACUAUAGUCAAGGAGACAUGGGGAGGAAGAGGAAAGCGUGUGAGUGACUAUACAUUGUAUACUGGAGCUCUUGGGACUGCUUUAUUAUUGUUUAAAGCUUACCAAGUUACUAAAAACCAGAAUGAUCUUGCUCGAUGCUCUGAGAUCAUUAGAGCCUGUCGCUCUGCUUCCCAAGGCUCUGGGCGUGUCACUUUCAUAUGUGGGGAAGCAGGUGUAUGCGCUCUUGGUGCUGUAGUUGCAAAGCACGCUGGUGAUGAACAAUUGUGUGACCAAUAUUUAACCCAAUUCAAAGAGAUCAAGCUUCCGAAGAAUCUUCCAAAUGAACUGUUGUAUGGGAGAGCAGGGUUCUUGUGGGCAUGUUCUUUCUUAAACAAAAAUAUUGGCAAAGACACAAUAUCUACUGCACGAAUGAGGUCUGUUGUUGAUGACAUCAUAAAGUCUGGUCGACAAUUAGCAAAAGGAAGAUGUCCACUGAUGUAUGAAUGGCAUGGGAAAAAAUACUGGGGAGCUGCCCAUGGGCUAGCUGGGAUUAUGUAUGUUUUAAUGGACAUGGAUCUGAAACCAGAUGAGCUGGAGGAUGUCAAGGGCACCCUAUGUUACAUGAUUAAAAAUCGGUUUCCCAGUGGAAACUAUCCUUCAAGUGAAGGAAGUGAUUCAGACCGUCUUGUGCAUUGGUGCCAUGGUGCUCCUGGUGUUGCACUCACCCUUGUGAAAGCAGCUGAGGUUUUUGGCAGCAAAGAGUUCCUACAAGUAGCUAUCGAUGCAGGAGAGGUUGUUUGGAAUCGAGGCCUACUUAAACGAGUUGGAAUUUGUCACGGCAUCAGUGGAAAUACCAAUGUAUUUCUUUCUCUGUACCGAUUGACAGGAAACUUGAAGUUCUUGUAUAGGGCCAAAGCAUUUGCUUGCUUUCUGCAUGACAAGGCUCAAAUUCUCAUAUCAGAGGGCAUUAUGCAUGGUGGUGAUCACCCAUAUUCACUGUUUGAAGGCAUUGGAGGAAUGGCCUAUCUGUUUCUGGAUAUGAAUGAACCAUCUGAGGCUAGGUUUCCGGCAUAUGAACUGUAG